CAGCAGGACGGCGUGCGGAAGCCCACAGUGGGAGCCUCAGAGGGGCGGGCACCGGCACCGCUGAGCGGCCCGCGGCCUCCGGCUCGGGGAGCCACCGCGGCUCCCGACAAGCCGCCGCCAUCUCCCAUCGCGGGUCCCAGCCGCGGCCGCCAUCUCGGCCAAGAGCCGCAUCCCGUCCCCUCCCUCCCGCUAACGGCCGCGGCGCCGCCAUCUCGUCCCGCCCCGCCCCGGGCCUCCCGAGCCCCGCCCGGUGCGGGCCCAUCGCCGCGGCGCCGCCGCAGCCCCCGCGCCCAUAUAGGCUGCCCCGCCGCGCUCGCCGCGCCGCUGCCUCCUCCUCCAGGCAUGGCACAGGGCUCUACCUCACUAUGGCAGCAGCAGCGCGGCACAGCACCCUGGACUUCAUGCUCGGCGCCACAGCUGAUUGCAAUGCCGUUCUUAAAGCUCUACAGCCCGUUUUUCAGGAGCAGGGAAUGACAGAAACAGUUCAUAACUGGGAAGAUCAUGGUUAUUUAGCAACCUACAUCCAAAAAAAUGGCAGUUUUGCCAAUUUGAGAAUUUACCCUCAUGGAUUAGUGUUGGUGGAUCUGCAGAGCUACAAUGAUCAAACAAAAGGAAGAGAGGAAACCGAUUGGCUUCUAGACAAAGUAGAAGAAAGAAUGAAAGAAUUAUUUCAUGGCAACAUAAAAAGGGUAAAACGAUUGCCAGCCAUUUUGAGAGGAGGCGCCAUUGAUAGGUAUUGGCCCACAGCUGAUGGACGCUUGGUGGAGUAUGACAUAGAUGAAGUUGUUUAUGAUGAAGAUUCACCUUUUCAGAAUAUUAAAAUUCUACAUUCAAAACAGUUUGGGAAUAUUCUUAUCCUCAGUGGGGAUGUUAAUCUGGCAGAGAGUGACCUGGCAUAUACCCAAGCCAUAAUGGGCAGUGGAAAGGAAAACUAUGCUGGCAAAGAAGUGCUAAUCCUAGGAGGUGGUGAUGGGGGUAUACUAUAUGAGAUAGUCAAACUGAAGCCAAAGAUGGUUACUAUGGUAGAGAUUGACCAAAUGGUGAUUGACGGGUGUAAAAAAUACAUGCGUAAAACAUGCGGAGAUGUCUUAGACAAUCUGAAAGGAGAGUGCUAUCAGGUUCUAAUUGAAGACUGUAUUCCCGUACUGAAGAGGUAUGCCAAAGAAGGAAGGAUGUUUGAUUAUGUAAUUAAUGAUCUGACAGCUGUUCCAAUCUCCACAUCUCCAGAAGAAGAUUCCACGUGGGAAUUUUUGCGGUUGAUUCUUGACCUCUCAAUGAAGGUCCUGAAGCAAGAUGGAAAAUAUUUCACACAGGGAAACUGUAUCAAUCUGACCGAUGCCUUGACUCUUUAUGAAGAACAGCUUAGCAGGCUUUAUUGUCCUGUGGAGUUUUCAAAAGAGAUCGUGUGCGUUCCCUCCUACAUGGAAUUGUGGGUAUUCUACAGUAUUUGGAAGAAAUAAACUGAAGUCUGAACAUCAAGAUUAUUCAAGAUUAUCCUAAAUGUACAUGCUGCAUGGAGCAUAUAGGCCUGCCACGUGCUGCAUAUUGGCAUCUUGAACCUUUAAAUUAUAUGCUGUAGAUGAUCCUGAAACUUAGUCAUGCUAUUGGUCGUGAAUUCUUUAAAUGUUUUUUAUUAUUAUUUUAAUUUAAAAGCAAAUGGAAAAUGUAUAUUUUGAUGAGCUAGGGUGUUAUUUUUGAAAGUCAACUUAAAGAUGAGUAAGCAGCAAAACUAUAUAGCUGCUGAAUGCACUGAACCUUUAGAAUGUGAUCCUUUUUAGUUUUUGUAGAUCUUCACAAACUGAUUAAAAAAGACAUCUUGAGUAUUUCA